AUGGCGAGAGGAGCGGAGCGGAGCAGAGCCCUCUGCCCGGCCCGGUGCUGCUCGCGCCCCGGCGCCGCUCUGCUGCUGCUCGCGGCGCUGACCACCUGCCGCUUUGAUGGACUCUCGGCCCAGGAGCUCCCGACCAACGGCGUGAACGGCUUCAGUCUGCAUCCGCCUUAUUUCAACCUGGCCGAGGGGACGAAAAUCACCGCCACGGCGACCUGUGGGGAAGACGACAGCGGCAGAGCGAUCCACGACCUGUACUGCAAGCUGGUCGGAGGCCCCGUGUCGGGAGACCCCAGUCAGACCAUCCAGGGUCAGUACUGUGACAUCUGUAGCCAAGGCGACAGCGACCGCGCCCACCCGAUUACCAACGCCAUCGAUGGCACAGAGCGAUGGUGGCAGAGCCCUCCCCUGUCCCGCAGCACAGAGUACAAUGAAGUCAACGUCACCCUUGACCUGGGACAGCUAUUCCACGUGGCCUAUGUGCUGAUAAAGUUUGCCAACUCUCCCCGCCCCGACCUCUGGGUUCUGGAGAGAUCUGUCGACUUCGGAGAGACCUACCAACCCUGGCAGUUCUUCGCCUCCUCUAAGAGAGACUGCAUUGAGCGUUUUGGCCAGAGAACCAUUGAGAGGAUCAACCACGACAACGAUGUCAUCUGCACAACCGAGUACUCCCGUAUAGUGCCACUGGAAAAUGGAGAGAUUGUGGUCUCCUUGGUGAAUGGUCGUCCCGGUGCCAUGAACUUCUCCUACUCCCCGGUGCUGAGGGACUUUACCAAGGCCACCAACAUCCGGCUCCGCUUCCUGAGGACCAACACGCUGCUGGGCCACCUCAUGGGCAAGGCCCUCCGUGACCCCACUGUCACACGCAGGUAUUACUACAGCAUCAAGGACAUCAGCAUCGGUGGUCGCUGUGUGUGCAACGGACACGCUGAGGCUUGCAAUGCUGAGGACCCCAACGACCCAUACAAGUUACAGUGUGACUGUCAGCACAACACCUGUGGUGUGUCAUGUGACCAGUGUUGCCCUGGAUACAAUCAGUCACCGUGGAAACCAGCCACAACCUACAGCGCAAAUGACUGUGAACAGUGUAAUUGUCACCGCCAUUCGUUUGACUGUUACUAUGACCCGGAGGUGGACCAGAGAAGAGCUAGUCUGGACAUAAACGGUCACUACAGGGGAGGAGGCGUCUGCCUCAACUGUCAGCACCACAGCACUGGAGUCAACUGUGAGCGCUGCAUCCCCACCUACUACCGGUCACCUGACCACAACAUCGACUCCCCAUUGGCCUGUUCUAAGUGUGUGUGUCAGUCUGAGUUUACAGAUGGUACCUGUGAGGAUCUGACCGGCCGGUGUUACUGCAAACCAAACUACACCGGAGAAAACUGUGACUCCUGUGCUGAGGGUUACAUCAGCUUUCCUGACUGCUACCCAAUCCCUACCUAUCCCAGCAGCAACAACAAUGGAGAGGCUAAGCCAGCAGGAGAGAUCAUCAACUGUGAAUGUAGUGCGGCCGGUACUGUGGAUAACUCAUGCAGGCCGGACCCCCGCACUCGAACCUGCGUAUGCAAGCCAGGCUUUAGUGGGGACCACUGUGACACCUGUGCCCCUGGCUUCUAUGGACUCAAUUGUCAGGCCUGUCAGUGCUUGGGUCCAGGGUGUCUGGACAGGUCAUGUGACUCGUUGACUGGCCACGGCAUUUGUCGUAGUGGUUUCCAUGGUUACCACUGUGACCAGUGCGCCCCCGGUUACUUCAACCAUCCCCUCUGUCAACUGUGUGGAUGCAGUACAGUAGGCUCUCUGCCAGAAGGGUGUGAUGUGUCUGGUCGCUGCCUGUGUAAACCAGAGUUUCAGGGACCUCGAUGUGAACAGUGCCGAUCUGGAUUCCACUCUUAUCCCAACUGUCAAGUGUGCAGCUGUAACCCUCGCACCUCAUUGGAUGCCAGUUGCAGCGCAUCAGGCUACUGCCAAUGUCGGCCAAACUACAGCGGGACGUCAUGUGACCAGUGCGCCCCUGGUUACUACGGCUACCCCAGCUGCACACCCUGUGAGUGCUCUGCAAAGGGCUCACGAUACUCCAGCUGUGACCAGGUGACAGGACAGUGUGUGUGUCUGCCAAACGUCGCAGGACUGAAGUGUGACACCUGUCAUCAAGGGACCUAUGGCUUCCCUAAUUGCCAAGCGGGUACCUGCCACCCUGCUGGCUCAGUUCAGAUUGUGAUAGCACCACCAGUGGGCCAAUGUGACUGUCGUCUCCACGUGGAGGGUGCAGCCUGUGACAGCUGUAAACCUUUGUACUGGAACCUCUCCCCUGACACUCCUGAUGGGUGCUCCAGCUGUGAGUGUAACAUCCCAGGGACUGUGAGCAGCGUGGCUGAGUGUGCACAGAGCACCGGUCAGUGCCACUGUAAGCCCAACGUGUGUAGUGGAACCUGCUCUGUAUGCAAAGAUGGCUACUACAACUUACAGGGCCACAGCUACUUUGGUUGCCAAGGUUGCCAGUGUGACAUAGGAGGCUCUGCAGGCCAGUCUUGCGGAGAGAGGAAUGGCAGAUGCCGGUGCAGGCCCAACGUGGAGGGUCCCAAGUGUAACCUCCCUCAUGCAGACCAUUACUUCCCAGAUCUCCACCACCUAAAAUUUGAGAUCGAGGAGGGGAGCAUGCUGGACGGGCGACCCGUCCGGUUCGGCUACAACCCUCUGGAGUUUAAAGGCUUCAGCUGGAGGGGCUACGCUCAGAUGUCCCCCAUACAGUCCAAGGUGUUGGUUUCAGUAACGGUGGGCUCUCCAGACCUUUUCCAUGUGGUGCUGUGCUACGCCAAUCGAAUGGGCUCCAAUGUAUGGGGCAGGGUGUCCGUCAUAGAGGAUGGCAGGAGCUUCUACUGUGGCAACUGUUCUGAACAGUCCAAACAGAUUGUCUUUGCUCCGAGCGUGGAGCCGACCUUUGUCAACGUUCCCCAGAACAGUUUUGUAGAGCCGUUUGUCCUGAAUCCUGGAACCUGGACUGUAGUCAUAGAGGCGGAGGGCAUAUUAUUGGAUUACCUGGUGCUCCUGCCCAGUGCCUACUAUGAGGCCCCCAUCCUGCAGAUCAGAGUCACAGAACCCUGUACCUACAACCCCGGGCCUGAUGCCAGCCAGAACUGUCUGCUGUACAAGUAUCUGUCUCUGGAGUCCUUCCCCUCUAUCUCUGGAAACGAUGCCACCUGUCGCUAUGACAACCACCUGCCACGCCCCUGUCAGAUGGAGAAGAUCACACCGCGCCACCCAGACAUGGCCAUCUGCAGUGGCAAUGAUAUUAAUGUACAGAUGCGAGGGCGUCUGCAAGCUACAGGUGACUAUGUUUUGGUGGUGGAAUAUUCCAGUGAGGAGGAGACGCCGCAGAUACUGUCCGUGUCUGUCAACAUGCCUGGGGGACGCACACGCCAACACCAAGUCACCUUGCAGCACUGCAGAUACAGUUUCCUGUGUCGAGCAGUGACCAUCGAUGAACAGAACAGGGUGGAAAUCUUGUCUCUCUCCUCUGAUGCCGAGGUCCAGCUCAUAUCAGACCGUGCCAGCUUCUUCCUUCACAAAGUGUACCUGGUGCCAAAGGAUCAGUUUACCAUGGAGUAUGUGGUGCCUAAAAUGCACUGUAUCAGCACGCAUGGACAGUUCUCACCUGACAGCUCCGCCUGUGUGCCAUCAAGGUUCCAGACCCCAUCCGACUCCCUGGUCCUGAAGGAGGGUCAGGGCUCCUCCAUCCAAGAGCCUGUCUUGGCCUCCCCACCAGGAGCGCCUACCUUGACCCGCCACCAAGGUGAACAGCCGACCUGGACAGGAGGAGAAAGACCCCCCCAUGCAGCUGACAACAAUAACCACGUCAGACUGGACAGUGUACAGAAUGCAGCAGUUUACUCCACUCGUGUCAACUCUCUGGGUCGAUACGUAUUCAUCCUCCACUACCACCAGCCUCUCCACCCCUCAUACCCAGUACAGGUCUACAUCAACGGCGGGCGCAUCUGGCAGGGCCACGCCAACGCCUCCUUCUGCCCUCAUGGUUAUGGUUGCCGCACUGUCCUGGUUUCAGAGAACCAGAUCAUUUUGGACGUGACGGACCACGAAGUCUUCUUGACGGUGCAGAUACCAGAAGGGAGGACUCUGUGGAUCGACUAUGUGAUGGUGGUACCAGAGGGCAGCUAUAGUUCCAGCUACCUGAAUGAAGAACCUCUGGACAAAUCCUACGACUUCAUCAGCAACUGUGGUCAGAACAGCUUCUACAUCAAUCCCUCCACGGCCUCUCCCUUCUGCCUCAGCUCUGCCGUCUCUCUCUCUGCAUUCUUCAACAACGGGGCUCUGCCCUGUGCCUGCCAUGAGGUCGGUGCAGAGAGUGACACCUGUGAGUUGUUUGGCGGUCAGUGCCACUGCAGGCCCAAUGUCAUCGGUCGAGACUGUUCCAUGUGUGCCACGGGCUACUGGGGGUUCCCCAACUGCAGACCCUGUAACUGUGGCAGCAGGCUGUGCGAGCCGGUGACCGGUGACUGUAUCUGUCCUCCGAGGACCCUGCGUCCAGACUGCAUCCAGUGUGAGCCCCAGACGUUCGGCUGCCAUCCGCUGGUGGGGUGUGAGGUCUGCAACUGCUCCCGGCCCGGCGUCACCACGCCUGACACUAACUGUGACACAGACAGCGGACAGUGCAGAUGUAAGAAUAACGUCAUUGGUCGACAGUGUGACCGUUGUGCCCCUGGCUUCUACAACUACCCUGACUGCAGACCAUGUGACUGCAACGAGGCAGGAACCGAGGAGGAGGUGUGCGACUCCUUCACCGGACAGUGUAUCUGCAAGGAGAAUGUCCAGGGUGCACGUUGUGACCAGUGCAGAGUUGGUACGUUCCACCUGGACCCUACCAAUCCCAAAGGUUGUACCAGCUGCUUCUGUUUUGGGGCCACAGACCGCUGCCGCAGCUCCGACAAACGACGCACAGAGAUAAUGGACAUGGAAAACUGGGUGUUGCUCGGUGCAGACAAACAGGAAGUACCGACAACCGUGUAUCCCGAUCAGGACCUCGUAGAAGCCGACCUCAGCGACGUGCCUGAUGUCUACCAAGACCUCCACUGGCACGCCCCCAACACGUACCUCGGGGAUAAGGUCUCUUCCUAUGGAGGUUAUCUAAGGUAUCGUCUCCACACGCAGACCAUGAGAGGAGAUGUUCUGUCUCUGCCUGCUGAAGCUUCCAGGCCUGACAUAAUACUAAAGGGAACCCAGAUGACGCUGGUGUUCAUGGAGAGAGAGUACUCCUCCCCAGAGGAGCCACACCUGGGAAUAGUUCACAUGGUGGAGGGUAGUUUCCGCCAUGCCCAGACCGGUAACUCCGUGUCCAGGGAGGAGCUGAUGAUGGUUCUGGUGGCCCUUGAGUCUCUCCAGAUCCGGGCCCUGCACUCCCAGUCUGCACACUCGGUGUCGAUUCGCGGCGCCGUGCUGGAAGGAGCCCAGAACCUUCCCUCCGGUCGCCAUGCCAACAACGUGGAGAUCUGCAUGUGCCCUGCCAACUACCUGGGAGAUUCGUGUCAGCAAUGUGCUCCAGGAUACUACAGGGACACUAAAGGCCUGUUUCUGGGGAAGUGUGUCCCCUGUAACUGUAACGGACACUCGGACCGCUGUCUGGAUGGUUCAGGAAUCUGUGUGAACUGCCAACACAACACAGCGGGUGACCACUGCGAGAGUUGCCAGGGUGGUUUCCUUGGUAACAACAGCCUUGACGGACAGGCGGUGUCCUGCUCCAGCUGCCCUUGCCCGCUGCAGGUGACGUCCAACAAUUUUGCGGUGGGCUGUGUGAAGAAGCAGAACAGAAUGCAGUGUCUGUGUAUGCCGGGCUACGCUGGGCCCAAAUGUGAAAGGUGUGCUCCUGGUUACUACGGCAACCCCAUGGUGAUUGGCAGCACUUGUCAGCCCUGCCACUGCCAUGACAACACAGACCCCAACAUGCUGUUCAGCGACUGCCACCCGCUGACCGGCGAGUGUCUGAGCUGCAUGCACAACACGGCCGGGCCGCACUGCGAGGUCUGCGCCCCCGGUUACUACGGAGACGCCAUCACCACCAAGAACUGCACCGAAUGCAGAUGUUCUCCGUGCGGCACUGAAUCAUGUGACCCUCAUACUGGACAGUGUCGCUGCAAACCUGGAGUCAUGGGACCUCUCUGUGACCGCUGUGAGGACGGGUCGUAUGGGUUUGAGUCCUGCUCUGGCUGUCGUCGUUGUGACUGUGAUGCUUCAGCUGCGCUCGUCCAAUCGUGUGACCCUCGGAGUGGUCAGUGUGCAUGUCAGCCGGGCGUCAAUGGGCCGAACUGCAAACAGUGUGCUCCUGGUUACUGGGACUAUGGGCCCAAUGGAUGCAGGAAGUGUGAAUGUAAAGGAGGUCAUUGUGAUCCCAGAACGGGAGAGUGUCGCUGUGCUGAUGGACUGACGGGCAAACAGUGUGAUACCUGCUCGCACAAAUACAGCAUCCCAGUCCAGCAAGGACAUGACAUGCUCUGUGAACCCUGUGACAGCUGUGUCAUUGUUCUGUUGGAGGAUCUGGACAGCAUGAAUGAGAACUUCCACUCAGUAGCCAAUCAGCUGCGGAAUCUGAAUGCCAGCUCUAUGGCUUGGGCACAGCUACACAACCUCAAUAGGUCUAUGGAGGACAUCGCUAGGGCUAUAGAAAAUUACAACAGUUCGUUGGACGACAGCAGGAUCAGGGCAGACAUGCUGGAAGCUGAGAUAACUAACAUUAAUGCUGACAUUAAGGAGCUGGAAAAUAAGGUUGCAGCAACGACCAACAAGGCUGAUAACCUGGAUGACAGUACCGGAAGCACACAGCAGAGGGCGCAAGAUCUGCUCUACUUUAUCAACAACAUGACUUUGGAUAUAAAUGAAAUCAUAAUGUCUAUGAACCGGUCGUCUCAAAACAACACGGAGGUGAACCAGGAUGAGGAGGAGAGGGAGAAGAAGAUUAGAGAGGUGGAGGCCAUGUUGAGGGAGAUGAGGUACAGGAGCUGUGUUGGUCAAAAGAAGGUUGCCAACAAAGAGAAGGCUGAGGCUGAGAAACUGUUGGAUCGGGUCAACAAAGACCUGCUGGGUCGACAGACGACCAACGAAGACCUGGCCAAGGCCAUCCGAGACCGUCUGGCCGAGUUCCACUCUAAAAUGAUGGACCUGAGAGAUGCUUUGAAUGAGGCGGUCAACAACACAGCCAGAGCCGCCGAGAGCAACAACGUCAACGAGAAAGCUUUGGAGGACAGCAAGAGGAAAGUAGAGGAACUUGUAUCGCAACAGAAGGAGGUGGAGGACCUUCUACAGAUGGCAGAAGAUGACGUUGCCCAAGUCAACGAUGUGCUGUCUAUGCUGCACGACUCUAAAGAGGAGUACGAGCGGCUGGCAGCCCAGCUGGAUGGAGCCAAGAUGCCUUUGGCAGAGAAGGUUCAGAAAUAUGCCCCCACCGUCUCAAAGAUCCCCCUGGUGGAGAGGGCAGAGAAACAUGCUGAGCUGCUGAACGCACUUGUUAUGAACCUCACAAGUUUGAUUUCGGGGACAGAUGAGAAUGGCGUCACCGGCCGUGCAGUGAAUGCAUCGCGAGCAUACAUAAACAUCAUCAACAGCAUUAAAAAGGCCGAGGAGGCGGCAAACAUGGCCGACAAGGCUGCCACAGAUGCACUGGAGAAUGUGAGGGACCAGGACUUGGGUCAGACAGCCGACUCUCUGAGAAACCACAGCCUGGAGCUGGUUGAGGAAGCUAAAAGCCUACAGGAUGAGCUCAACACAGACUUAAAGCCACAGCUAAAGGAUGCGAAGAGGCGUCUUGACGUGGCCAAGGACAAGCACGAUGAACUGAUGAAGGACUUGGAGACAGCUCAGAACAGCCUCAACUUCACUAGUGACGACACAAGUCGAGACAUUGAUGAGGCCAAACGUGCAGCGGAGCAGGCAAACACCACAGCUAGCCGGAUCAACGAUGCCCUGGGUCCUAUCAGAGACCAGCUGGACCAGUGGCAGCAGACCUAUGGAGAUGCAAAUGCCACCAACGAUGACAUCAACAAUGCCCUGAUGGAGGCCAACAAGACCGUCAGUAUGCUCGGGGAGACUAUUCCUCUGUUGAUGAAGAAGUUGGAUAAGCUCCAGAACCACUCGGCCCAGAUGCCAAACAUCUCUGAGAACAUCAGCCGCAUCAGACAGCUCAUAGAGCAGGCCCGCAAGGCUGCCAGCAAGGUGAGCGUGCCGGUCAAGUUUAACGGGACGUCCGGUGUCCAGGUGCGCACUCCCAGUAACCUGGCGGAUCUGGCGGCCUACACCUCUCUGAAGUUCUUCAUCUCCCUGCCAGAGUCGGCCCGCUCCAGACGGCAAGACGCCGCCACCAAACAGUUUGUCUUCUACUUGGGAAGUAAAGACUCCAGUAAGGAGUUCCUGGGCAUGGUGUUGGAGGGAAGGAGACUGCGGUGGUACUUUAACAUUGGAGGAGAGACAGCUGAGGUCCUGAUGCCGGAAGAUGUCAGAUCUAAUGGAAACUUCAACAAUGUGGUGCUGGAGAGGAUCCUUCAGUAUGGUCAGAUGGCCAUGUCCUCAGAGACUAGUGAAGGAGACCAAAGCGUUACCAAGGCCCACAUAGAGGCUGGCGGAGAUAAAGGCCUGCUCAACUUGCUGACCGAUGAAACUGUCUUCUACGUAGGAGGGUACCCCAGUACUUUCAAGCCCCCUUCCCAGCUGGCCCUCCCUAACUUUAAGGGCUGUAUUGAGCUGGAGACGCUGAAUGAGGAGGUCCUCAGUCUCUACAACUUUGAAAACAUCUUCCAUCUCAACACCACCGAGGAGAAGCCCUGCGGCAGGGCCAAGCCAGUGCUGACUCAGCAGUGGGUGAAUGAUGCGGCGUAUUUCGACGGUACUGGUUACGCUGAGGUCACCUUCAAAGGUGAACUAGGCCGCAUGCAGCGCUUCGAACAGGAAGUCAAACUGCUCUCCCACAAUGGAAUUCUCCUCAUGCUGCAAAACAAAAGCCAGUUCCUGUGCCUGGCGGUGCAUCAGGGACGACUGAAGGUCCUCUAUGACUUCAGUGGCAGUCUGGGAGAGCUGGAACCUAAAGACCCCUCAUCACCUCACCUGAGGAUCCGCGAUGCUGACCCCAAAAGUCUGGAGAUCAUCAUCUUGGGGUCGAAGACGUCUCGUGUGGUGGUGAGAAACAACAGGAACAGCCUGUACAACCAUCAAUUCACUGAGGAAAUCCCACUGUUUACCGGAGUCUACUACCUGGGAGGAGUACCAGAGGAUAAGAUGCCUGAUCAGCUGAAGUCUCUGUUCCCUAAGCAGGGCUCUCUGAAGGGCUGUUUCAGGAACUUAAAGGCCAUGAACUCUCACAUUGAUCUGAAGAGAAUGAAGAGCUCCGGCGUGAGCUAUGGCUGUGCCAACGACCUCCUGGUGGCCCGUGAGGCCUAUUUCUCUGGCCAGAGUUAUCUGGACCUGGCACCAUCAAACAUCCCCAGCCUCAGGAACAACUUCUACGCUGGCUUCGGGUUCAGGACCGACCAGAAGGCCGGACUCAUGUUCUACCACCAGGCCCAGGACGGAGUGUGUCAGGUGUUCCUUGACAAAGGUCAAGUGGUUGUGCGAGCUGGAAACAGUGAGAUUAGGACCCAGAAGACCUACAAUGAUGAAAACAGCCACUACGUUGCUCUGUACAGCAACUCUAAUGGGAUGCGUCUGUACAUGGACGACAUGCUAGAGAAGGGGAACGCUGGCGGCAGGUUGGGUGGAAGCGGCAGGGCUGUGGCAAACACAGCGGGCAACGUCUUCCUGGGAGGCAUGCCAGAACAAUCUAUCACCAACCUCACUGGAUGCAUCAGCAAUCUGUUUAUCAAGAGAGAAACAAGCCCUCAGAUGGUUCUCAACCUGAUGAAGGCCAAAGAGAACAUCAAUGUCCCUCUAGACUGUCCUGCUGCCAAGAAACCCCAACAGAUACUGGCUGUUCCACCUAAACAGAACAAGAGCCACAAGGGAAAGCACAAGAAGCCAUCGGGGUCCCGUAGUCGUAACACCAGGGCCUCCUGCCAGGGGGAGCUGUCUGCCCAGGAGACUGGAGCUACACACUUUAGUGGCUCCACACACAGUUACCAAAGAUAUGACUCUCUAUCCAGGUCAUUUAGAACUACUCCUCACAUUUCGUUGGCGUUGAGGAUUAACUCUUCUGAGGGUGUGGUGCUUCACUUUGGGAGCAGCCAGCAUGGUAUGGCCUCGGUGACACUGAGCGUGUCCGAGGGCCACCUACUGCUAUUGGUGGACGGAGGGAAAAGGAAGGUCAGCCUGCGCAGUCGCAGGAAGUACAACGAUGACCACUGGCACACGGUGUUCAUAAAGCGUGAGGGAGAGAAGGUCAGUUUGAUAGUGGAUGGUAUCAAUGCCCACUCCAAGAGAGUCCCAGGGGGCGAGAAGACCCACCUCACUGGGUCUCUAUACGUCGGAGGAAUACCGCUCCCACUGACGGUCCCGGGGUCUGGUGGUUUCAUAGGUUGUGUCAGGGAUCUGAAGCUGAAUGAAGCUCCUGCCGGAAGUCCAUCCCACAGUCAGGGGAUUGUGCCAUGCUUCCAGAAGCCACUGCAGACCGGAGCAUACUUCUCUAGUCAAGGAGGACACAUGGCCAUAGAUGAAUCCUUGACAUUGGGUCGGGAUUUAGAGAUUCAGUUGGAGGUACGCCCUGUCUCGGACUCUGGGCUGCUGCUGCAUGCUGGGACAUCACCAGAUCACCACCUAAAUUUGGUCCUACAGCAAGGAGAGGUGACAGCAUCAGUAAGCAGUGGUAGUAGCGAGCUGUCUGUCUCCUUGACUCCUGAGGAGUCUCUUUGUGAUGGACGAUGGCACACCAUCACUGUGGUGAAGAAGAACAAUAUCCUCCAGCUCCAUGUAGAUGCGACCAGUGACCACAGAGUUGGGCCCAAACAGAGCCGCUCUGCAGGAGGCAGAGAGACCGUCUACCUCGGGGGAGUACCUGAUGGGGUUGCAGUACCAGGUCUGCCUGCCGGCCUGCCGUCUUUCCACGGCUGUGUGCGCAGAGCAACACUCAACCACAGGCCUGCCAUGCUGUCCAAACCCCUGGCUGUCCACGGCGCUGUGGGGACACAUGGCUGUCCCCACAUGUAA